UCCUAUUUUCGUGGUGGAUCUCGAACUACAGUAAGGUCUUAUGACAGCUCAAUUUCACAUCUGUCUCUCCUAUAAAAAGAAGACGGUUUCGCCUCGCGGAGACAUAAAACCCCACUAUGGCCGCCCCGUACACCGAACACUUCCUGGAUAUCAAGCGUCAAAUUGCGGAAAGUUAUCCUGACUUCCAGGCACGCGCUACUCAAGCUUGGGCAGAAAUUAUCAGCGAGUUGGUAAAGGUCGCUGAGACGCUGUCUGCUAAAGGAUCAGAGUACAUUCCACAGGUCAAAUUCGCCGAGCUGUCUUCUCUCCCCUCGGAGAAAGUGGAGGAGAUUCGUCGGAUUGGAACAGUGGUAAUUAAAGAUGUCGUAGACGACGCCGAAGCCCGGGCCUGGCAAGAUUCACUGAAAGACUUUGUCAAGGCUAAUCCAACUGUGAGAGGCUUCCCGGAAGGCGAUAAACAAUUCUUCGAGCUCUACUGGACAAAACCUCAAGUACAGGCACGCUCGCAUCCCAAUCUACUAGCUGCUUCUGCUUGGCUCAACAACCUCUAUCGGGACUCGGGGAAUGAGCCUUUGGAUGGAGUAGACCUUUCAACACCUCUCACCUAUGCCGAUAGAUUCCGUAUCAGACAUCCGGGUGUGCAAUGGGAUGCCCAUCCACCGCAUAUUGAUGGGGGUGCCAUAGAACGUUGGCAGGACUCGGCAUUUCGAACGUGCUUUGAUGACAUUCUGUCCGGAGAGUGGCGGAAACACGAUCCCUACGCUCUUUCCGGUCGCCUAAACGCGCGCUCGUCCCUGUACCGUCGUCCAAAUCAAGCCACCGUGUUCAGAACGUUUCAAGGCUGGCUCGCAAUGAGUGAGACCGAACCGCACCAAGGGACUUUGAAAGUAUUCCCCGAUGUAGUUUUGUCCAAUGCGUAUAUCAUUCUACGCCCUUUCUUCCAUCCUCUGGUGUCAGUCGAUUCGAAGGAUAUCCUUGAUGUCAAGAACUGGGAAUAUAACAUCACAUAUGCGGAUUUUCCUGGAAUCAUACCUAGAGAUGGAGGAUUCACAGGCCCUCGCCCCACCCCAGGAACACACCCUCAUCUAAUGCUUGACAAGACUAUGACCUCUGUACCAAAAGUUAUGCCUGGAGAUGCAGUAUUUUGGCACUGCGAUGUUGUACAUUCAGUCGAGCCAGAACAUACAGGCCAGGAGGAUUCAGCAGUAAUGUAUAUCCCCGCGAUGCCAACUACGCCCAUGAACAAAGCAUAUGUCGAGAAACAGAAGGAAUCUUUUGUGCAGGGGGUCAGCCCACCAGAUUUCCCUAAGAGCACACAAGACUUCAUCGGUAUUGCGAAGUCGGCCGACUUUCUCUCGCCAAUCGGACUACGAGCAAUGGGUUUACCUGUCUCUGUUUAAUUCUCGUGCUAUGAGUUUAUGAUUGACCCACCAGAUGCCUGUAGGCUUUUUGUAUCUCCAGCUUGAACCAAGCACAAAUAAAAUCAACUUGCCAAACUCUGUUU